AUGCGAUCCUAUCACUAUGAGGCAAUCCUCCGACACCUCCACCUCUCCGACAUCCAGCUGUCAGCCAUGUCGACGAGCUCCAGCGCGACGGGCGUCGACACAGGCGCCGAAAACACGCCGCCCCAACUCUCCGCCCUCUUCCUAAUCCGCUUCGACAAAAAAGUUGGGUACACAAUCGCCUGGAAACGGUCCUCGGUCCAUGUCCCCCUCGACGGCGCUGUCGAGUUUAAAUCGCUACCGUCGGGGCUUCAUACGGUCAAGAACGAUCUCGUGUAUUUUGUGCAUCAGGGGUACGCGGGACUGAGUGCGUAUGCAAAGGGCGCUGCCAGCGCCGAGGAGCGCAAUGCUGAGUUUGUGAGCGUCGGGAUACUGGUCAGCCGCGCAUAUGGAAGGUUAGGUAGGAGUUGGCUGCUGGCAGCACGGUUGCGCAGUAUCGCGGCGACGCUGGCUGGUGAUCCUAGUGCUACGGCGCCGCUGGAGGAGUUUUGGGAAGAGCAGUCGGCGCAUCAGGCCAGCGGCAGUGCACAGGGGAAGACGGACAAAGCGCAGCAGCAGCAACAACAACAACAACAACAUAAGACGCACAGUAGAGCGCGGGCGCUCAGCACAAUCACAGAUGUCACGCCGAGUGACACGUCGCUGCCUCCGUUCCACCCCGCGCUGUCUAUGCUCCAGUACGUCGAGAUGUUUGGUCCGCUUGUGUUCCGGCUGCAGCAGGCUGCGCUGUUGAGGAAGAGGAUUUUGUUUGUGGGCAGCCCGCCGGUCCGGAACAGCUGCGAAUUCGUAUACGACCUUUCCGUUUUGUCCAGCAUCCCGCCGCACGCAACCGAAUUCCUCUCGCCAGGCACCGAUAGCCUGCUUCGUCUACCUGCCCUCUUCUCCAUUGGUGUCAACGACAUAACCGAGCUAGAACAGAUGAACUCAGCCAAAGCCGGUGACAUAUCAUCGGAAGCGAGCGAUGUGCCGGUACAGGGGUGGGUAGCGAACACAACGGACGAGAUCAUCACCAUGAAGAAGCAGCUGUACGACAUUGUGGUGGAGAUGCCACCUACUUACGAUGCGCCGCCUGAACAGCGACAGUGGCCGACGAUGAAGACAUCGGACGGAGCGCCCAUCAAGGCGAGCCAGAGAGACAUGGCGCGAUUCAAGAUGCUCUGGCGCGAGCUGCGGAGACACGAGCAGGAAGUGGCGAGUGCGAGGGGAGAAGGCGAAGACUACGAAAAUGACGACGACGACGACGGAAACAACGAUGACAAUGACGAUCAAGCAGCGUUAUUGCCAAGGCACAAGACGAGCGCAGGCGAUGGCGUAGACAGCAGCAUUGGGGAGCAAACGGUGGAGCCAAUUACGUGGUCACAGCUCGCAUACAACGGGUUCAUGUGGUGGGCUUCAGCCGGGGAGCAACACGCAUAUACGAGCGGAGAGCGCGACAGGGACCUGGACCUGCUGGGGGAUCUGUCCGACUAUGGGGAGGGGCUGCCCACGGCCAUUAUAGCCUAUUUCCACCGGUCGACGACGCAGCUCAUCAACGGCGUCAACAGCGUGAUUGAAGGGGCCGACGACGACGACAAUGGCAAUGAAGACGAGGAGGUGGUUGUGGUGGAUAAGGAGGACCUCAGCCGGAUGGGGCUAGACACGUGGAGCGAGGCGGAUAGGGCGUUCCUGAGCGAGUUUGUGUGGAUGUGGUUUGGGCGGAUCAUCGAGGUCCGGGGUACGAGCAUAGAUUGCUGUGGCGUGAGGAUUCCGGUUCCGUGA